CAGUCUUCAAGUUUCUGACCAUGUGGGAAUCAGAAACUGAGUCUUUUAGUGGAAGAGAUAAUGGCAAUGGAGUUCAAAGUACCAGCAAGCAUGGAGUCAAGACUGAUAGUUUUGAGCAAAAAGGACAGUCUUGGUUUGUAGCAACUGAUAUCCCCAGUGACCUUUUAGUUCAAAUUCAAGAAGUAACUUUCCAUUUACACAAGUAUCCUUUGCUAUCUAGAAGUGGAAAAAUGAACAGAAUCAUAUAUGAAUCAAGAGAUGCAGAAUUGAGCAGGAUAUGUUUAGAUGAGUUACCAGGUGGACCUGAGGCAUUUGAGCUAGCAGCAAAGUUCUGUUAUGGUAUUGCUAUUGAUCUGUCUGCAACCAAUAUUUCUGGCCUAAGAUGUGCAGCAGAGUAUCUUGAAAUGACUGAGGAUUUGGAGGAAGGCAACCUUAUAUUCAAGACUGAAGCUUUUCUCAGCUAUGUGGUUUUAUCUUCAUGGAGAGACUCCAUACUGGUGCUAAAGAGCUGUGAGAAGUUAUCACCGUGGGCAGAAAACCUACAAAUCGUUCGAAGAUGUAGCGAGUCCAUCGCAUGGAAAGCUUGUGCUAAUCCAAAAGGAAUAAAAUGGCAAUACACAGGCAAGCCCACAAAAGUUUCCAGCCCCAGUUGGAACCAAACGAAGGAUUCCAGCCCCAGUCAAAACCAGCUAGUACCACCUGAUUGGUGGUUUGAAGAUGUUUCGAUUCUCAGGAUCGAUCACUUUGUGAGAGUGAUUACUGCUAUCAAGGUAAAAGGCAUGAGACAUGAACUCAUAGGUUCUUCCAUUAUGCAGUAUGCAGCUAAAUGGCUGCCAGGUUUAACCAAAGAAGGUUCCGGAUUGUCAGAUGAGGGAAGCAACAGUAGUAAUAGCAAUGGCAGCAUUAGUUGGAGAGGGGGCCUACAUAUGAUAGUAUCAGUAUCAGGAGACGAAGUACCGAGUGUCCAGACCAAAGAUCAAAGGAUGAUUGUUGAAAGCCUAAUAAGCAUACUCCCACAACAGAAGGACAGUGUCUCAUGUAGCUUCCUUCUUCGACUAUUGAGGAUGGCAAACAUGCUGAAAGUCGCUUCAGCUUUAAUAACUGAACUGGAGAAACGAGUAGGAAUGCAAUUUGAGCAGGCUACUUUGGCUGAUCUUCUCAUACCGUGUUACAAUAAAAGUGAAACCAUGUACGACAUUGAUCUUGUGCAGAGGCUUUUGGAACAUUUCAUAGUUCAAGAGCAGACAGAAGGUUCAAGUCCUAGUAGAUAUCCAUUCUCCGAUAAACAUAUGCACGAUGGAAGUCAACGGGGUACAAAUCUAAAUGCUAAGAUGAGGGUGGCAAGGCUUGUAGACAGUUACCUAACAGAAGUAUCCAGAGAUAGAAAUCUUUCCUUGACAAAAUUUCAGGUCUUGGCUGAGGCUUUGCCUGAUACGGCAAGAACAUGUGAUGAUGGACUUUAUCGGGCAAUUGAUUCCUAUCUUAAGGCCCAUCCCACGCUCUCAGAACACGAAAGAAAGAGGCUCUGCAGGGUGAUGGAUUGCCAGAAACUCUCUGUGGAUGCUUGCAUGCACGCUGCUCAGAAUGAAAGGCUCCCACUACGAGUCGUGGUGCAAGUUCUCUUCUCUGAGCAGGUGAAGAUAAGCAAUGCAAUAGCCAAUAUCUCUCUCAAAGAAGCAGCGGAAUCUCAUUAUCAGCCUCUUGUAUCAAACCGUAAGUCAUUGCUUGAAGCAACGCCACAAUCAUUUCAAGAGGGGUGGACAGGAGCCAAGAAGGACAUCAACACUCUUAAGUUUGAACUAGAGACUGUGAAAGCUAAGUACCUAGAACUCCAAAAUGACAUGGAUAACUUACAGAGACAGUUCGAUAAAAUUGCAAAACCAAAACAAGUCUCAGCAUGGAGCUCAGGAUGGAAAAAGUUAAGCAAGCUUACCAAGACGACAAACACAGAAACACAUGACAUCAACAGUCAGGUUCCAAAUGCUGAACAGAUUUCCACAAAGACACCUAGAAGGUGGAGAAAUUCCAUUUCUUGAGAAGGAAAAGGCGAUGAUAGAAGACUACCAGUUAUAAGAUUACCACAAUAACUCAUUGUGUUUCCUCCUGUUCAAAAUUAUCAAGCGAAGUCCUAUAAUAAGAGUAGUUAAAAUGUUCAUUUUUGUUAUAGAUAGAAAUUAUGUGAGAUAAUGGCAUAAUUUAUUAUAGAUUCUCUCGUUUACUGAUGACUAGUUUAUCUGUAAUGAUAUUACCAUCUUAAGAAUGAUAUGCAUUCGAAGGUCCAGUAAA